AUGUCGGACCUCUCUCAUCCUGUCAUGCUAUUUCCCUUGAGACUAAAUGACAGAGAUCGCGACAGAAAGCCAUCCUCCUCAUCGUCUACAUCGUCAAAGCCCAAACAACGUCAUCACCGCUCGUCCCAGGGACGGCCCUCCCGCCCUUCAACCAAGGAUCGAGACCGUGACAUCCCCACGGGUCACUCCUCCACCACAUCGUUAUCUACUCCCAUCUCCACCUCGCACCAGCAGCGUCGGUCCUCCAUGCCGGGCGUCGACGCCGCCGGCCGUUCCGCUACGGCCUCUUUCCUCGAGUCGAGAACCAGUCUGCCCUACCCUACGUUCUCGAAAGCCCAUAGCAGAGAGGCUGUCAGCAAACCGGGUAUUCCCACGCCGGAUCCGACCGACUUGACAGAGGAGAAUAAAGAGGCUGGGGAUGCAGGCAACAAUCAUCGUACGGAUAGUCGACAUGCGCCUCCCAGCCCGCCCUUGACGAGUCUGGAUCAGGGCUCUUCCCGCAAGGGAAGCACGGUCGGCGACAAGGAAGAGAAGGCGGCAGAGGAGAAGAAAGCGAAACCAAAGGACCUGAAGACGAAGAUUCGAAUUCGAGCCGAGUCUACAAGGUCGUCUUCGAGUUUGCGCUCGAAAAGAGAUGAAGCAUCCAAGGCAAGCAAAACGGCGAGGCCAGAGACCCCGAAAUCCAACAAAGAGAAGGAUACACCGGCUCGGGUUGCAAGCAAAAAGUCUUCCAAAGUGAAGAUCGCUGAUGAAGUCAAGCUGCCCAAGCGCUCAUCAAGCCGGGGUACUCUGUCCCCGCCUCGAUCCCCCGCGACUGUGCGUGAAGUUGGGUCAGGGUCGGCAAACGGGUCUGACGCCACUAUUGCACCGCAUCAGCCAUCGAUGACUUUCCGGAAACCACAAACGCCUCCUGCCAAACCGCCUUCACGAAACCAAACGCGUUCGUCUAUGUCACACUCGUUUAGACCAGGGAGCGGAUCGCCGGUCGAUAUCGCAUUUGAUUACGGUCGACCCCCAACCGCUAAUUCCACAUUCGGCGCUCCUCCUCCCCCUCCUCCGCCGCCGGAGGUGCCCGUUUCUAUCCCUAGAGUCGACUAUCUGUUACAGAAUGGCGGUCUGGACUACCGAGUACCGAAGACACUACUGCUGGGCCCGGAGCACCCAGAUCUUCCACCUCAGCAGCAGUUGCAGCCUGCUGUUGCGGCUGCCAGAGUCUUUGAUCCAUUCAAUCGUCUUCUCGAGGACUAUCAACAUGUCAUGACCAAGAACGGGUCGCUGGCUGUGGCGACGGGGUACCGGUCUGUCGCUCGGCGGCUUCUCGACCGGCUGGAAGCAGUGUUUGCGCGUGACAUCUCGUCUGAAUCGUGUCACUGCCUGAUGUGUGAUCACGAUGAGAUGGAAGAGCGUCCAUCAGGAGUGACCUGGGGCGAGGUACUCGAGCUGGUAUCUGGUCGCAGGGAACUGCCUAGCUGGCCACCGUUCAUGAUGGCUCCGUCAGUCCAAGCCGACUUGUCCGGCGACGAGCACAUUCCCAUGCAGAAGAUGGACAUUGACGUACCGGAAGAGUACCGUGGGCAUUAUCUCCGGCAGUCGCGCAAGACCAAGGCUGCAGUGGAUAACUGGUUGAAUGAACAAGUCGCGCAGCCUACCAGUGCUCCGGAGGAGGUGGAUGACGAGACGUUGACCUUUGCAAUGCUGACACAUCUCGGCCCAGAGCUGCGUCCGUUGUUCUGUUCGCUUCUAGGCAUCACGUCCACGUCGACACCCACCCCACGGACGGACGACCAGCAGCCUCGAGCUAGACCGCAGGCGCUUGUGUCAUCGUCGAUCGCCAUUCAACGACUCUACCGGCUAUCCUCUCUGCCGCGUGACCCAGAAACCGCAAUUUAUAUGUUGAACAACCCGGGCAUUCACCAUGUGCUCGCAACCCUUGCUGCGAUCAGCGAUGAUGAAUGGGAUAUCCUCAUCUCAGGCCGGUUUGAUGGAUUCUUGCGCAGUGGCGCAGAGGAUCCGAUCCCCGGCGUCCCAGGCGCGACCCCAUCACGCUGGAAUAGCAGCCGAUCGAAUACGCCCUUCACUACAGGAGGAAUGUCCCGCGGUCCGACACCGAGUCAUAUGGAUGGUGGCGUCCGACCAGCUAGUCAGCCCUACGGCGUUAAUCCAUCGUCACCUGCAUCCUUCGGUGGACCCAUUGCGCUGGACGAGGAGACGGAGAUCGCGGCCCUCGCUGAGAUCGAGCGCGAGAUUUUCCUCGGAAUGGAAGCGCUCGAGGAUGCCUUUGAAGCUCUUCACUGCAAGGCUGAGGUCGUCCGUCGCGCGCUGCGUGAACGCGGAGCAGGCCUGUCCAUCGCUAAUCAAAACCGCCGCGGAUCGUACGUCGAGGCGCGACUUGGCACUCCAUCGUCCGCCUUGGGGACCUGGGAAAGCGGAACGGAAGACGAUGGAAUUGACGAUGACCGAUCACUGGCGCCUGAUGACUCGGCCAGCAACAUCAGUUCCAAUCGUCGACGACGGCCCAAGCGACGCACCGAACGACGCACACCUGCGCCUGUCGAGGAGGAAGACGAGGAAGCGGAAGAGUCACAUCCCAGCCGCCGCGAUCGCGAUCGAGGGUCGCGAAGGAGUUGA